GUCAUCCGGCCCGCCCCGUCGGCAGCCCCGGGAGGGCUGGUCCGGUCGCGUCCGGCUCGGGCUCGCCGGAGGAGCCGCGCAUCCCUUUUCCGUGGCUCGGCCUCCGUGGUGGCUAUGGCUGCGGUGGUCGCUGUGCCGAGGGAAUGGCGGCUGCUGCUGCUGCUGCUGCUGCUGCGCGCCGCGGGGCCGGCGGCCUGGGGCGCCCCGCAGCCCCCCAACAUCCUGCUGCUGCUCAUGGACGACAUGGGGUGGGGUGACCUGGGGGUAUAUGGAGAGCCCUCCAGAGAGACCCCGAACUUGGACCGCAUGGCUGCAGAGGGGAUGCUGUUCCCAAACUUCUACUCUGCUAGCCCUCUGUGCUCACCAUCCAGGGCGGCCCUACUCACUGGACGGCUGCCCAUCCGAAACGGCUUCUACACCACCAAUGCGCACGCCAGGAACGCGUACACACCACAGGAGAUAGUAGGUGGCAUCCCUGACUCCGAGCGCCUCCUGCCUACGCUUCUGAGAGAGGCUGGCUAUGCCACCAAGAUCGUGGGCAAGUGGCACCUGGGUCACCAGCCCCAGUUCCACCCACUGAAGCAUGGAUUUGAUGAAUGGUUUGGAUCCCCCAAUUGUCACUUUGGACCUUACGACAAUAAGGCCAAGCCCAAUCUCCCUGUGUACAGGGACUGGGACAUGGUUGGCAGAUUUUAUGAAGAAUUUCCGAUCAAUGUGAAGACAGGGGAAUCCAACCUCACCCAGAUAUACUUACAGGAAGCCCUGGACUUCAUCAGGCAGCAGCAGGCUGCAGAGCGCCCGUUCUUCCUGUACUGGGCUGUGGAUGCCACGCAUGCGCCUGUGUACGCCUCCCGGCCUUUCCUGGGCAGCAGCCAGCGUGGACGGUAUGGGGAUGCAGUUCGUGAGAUCGAUGACAGUGUGGGGAAGAUGCUGAACCUGCUGCAAACCCUGAACAUCGCCGAGAGCACCUUCGUCUUCUUCACCUCUGACAAUGGUGCCGCCCUCAUCUCUGCUCCCAGCCAAGGUGGCAGCAACGGCCCCUUCCUGUGCGGGAAGCAGACCACAUUUGAAGGUGGGAUGAGGGAGCCUGCGAUUGCGUGGUGGCCCAAGCACAUCCCUGCUGGCCAGGUGAGCCACCAGCUGGGCAGCAUCAUGGAUCUGUUCACCACGAGCCUGGUCAUCGCAGGCCUGAAACCACCCAGUGACAGGGUGAUCGAUGGCCUCGACCUGCUCCCUGCCAUGCUGCAGGGCCAGCUGACAGAUAGGCCUAUAUUCUAUUACCGUGGCAACACCUUGAUGGCUGUCACCCUUGGCCAGCACAAGGCCCACUUUUGGACCUGGACCAACUCCUGGGAAGAGUUCAGACAGGGCAUCGAUUUCUGCCCUGGGCAGAACAUCUCAGGAGUCACCACCCACACUCAGGAGGAACAUACAAAGCUGCCACUGCUCUUUCACCUGGGGCGUGACCCUGGAGAGAGGUUCCCGCUCAGCUUUGCCAGCGCUGAGUACCAGGACGCCCUCAGCAGGAUCACCCUGGCUGUCCAGCAGCACCAGGAUUCCUUGGUCCCUGGACAGCCACAGCUCAAUGUGUGCAACCAGGCAGUCAUGAACUGGGCACCCCCAGGCUGUGAAAAGCUGGGCAAGUGCCUGCCGCCUCCAGAGCCCGUCCUGGAGAAGUGCUACUGGCCCCAUUAGCACCUUCUUGGACCCAGGCCAGGCCCAGAAGCUCCUGCCAGUGCCUGAGGGAAGGAAGCAUCCCAGGUGCUCUGCCUGCCCAUGGGCAGGCAGAGGGAACCCAGGACCAGCAGCAGGGCCUGCCAGCUGCGCCUGGCCCAGGGCUCCGUCCUGGGUCUGCAGGGCUUCGGUGGUUCCUGUACCUCUUCAGUCCCGGCGUGGAAGGCCACCCAUGACAGUUCUGUGCCUGGCCCACGAUGCCCAGGGAGGGGUGCUGCCUACCCAGCCAUCAGGAUUGUGGGCAGCCGACGACACCACGGAGCCUAGAGGACCAGAGCCAGGCACGUGGGAGCAGGGUCCCUUCACCUACCCUGACUGACCUGACAACACUGGAUCGCUGCACGAGUUGGGAAAUGACGAGAAAUAAAGGAACUGGGGCGCUUC